UCAUUUCUUUGCUCAAACCACAAAGCUUUUCAAACUUAUUUCCAAUACAAAUUCGCAGACAGAAAUAUUGAAAAAUAAAAGCUUUCACAUGGCUUCUUUACAUGCUUCUACUUUUCUACUCUCUUCUUCUUCUUCAAAGCAAAUCCAUGCCGCUCUAUCUGUGCCAAAGAUUCCAUCGAUUAGGUUUUCAGUUCCAAAAGUACAGAUCAAAGGGUUGUCUUUGGAAUUGAAUACUAGGGAUGGGUUCAUCAACACAAUUCCAUUUGAAAAGAAUGCCAUUAGCUCACCAUUGGUUCAAGGAGGCUCAUCUGUUUCAAUGCCUACCUUUCAACUUUAUGCUAUCUUAGAGUCCAUUGCCGACAGAGUGGAGAUGCACAACAACGUCGGGCAACAACGGGACAACUGGAACACCCUUCUCCUGAAUUCCAUCAACAUGAUCAAUCUCACCGCCGCAACCAUGGCUGGUUUUACGGCGACCGGCGGCCAUGGAGGUUCUGAUUUGGGUUUGAAGUUGGCGUCGACUCUCUUGUUCUCUGCAGCCACGGGAAUGUUGGUGUUGAUGAACAAAAUCCAACCCUCACAACUCGUGGAAGAGCAACGUAAUGCGACGAGAUUGUUUAAGCAGCUUCAGAGGCAAAUAGAAACCCUACUUGCUACUGACUCUCCAAGCAAACAAGACGUGAAAGAUGCUAUGGAGAAAGUAUUGACACUUGAUAAAGCUUAUCCUCUUCCCUUGCUAGGUGUGAUGCUUGAAAAGUUCCCUGAAAAUUUAGAACCUACUGUUUGGUGGCCUAAGAUGCAGUCUCAGAAAACCAACAAAGAAAAAUACUUUAAGGGAAAGGUAGAAAGCAAUGGAUGGACCGAGGAGCUGGAAAUGGAAAUGAGAGAAGUCGUUGAGGUGAGUAAGAGAAAAGACAGUGAAGAUUACGAGAGACUAGGCAACAAAGCAUUGAAGAUGAACAAAGUUUUAGCUGCCUCAGGGCUAAUACUCACUGGAAUUGCCGCUCUAGGAUCUGCCUUCAUGGAUUCGUCCAAUGGUCCUUGGGCAGCAAUCGUGGCAGCUGCUGCAGGAGCUUUAGCUUCAGCAGUUAACACUUUGGAGCACGGUGGCCAAGUUGGAAUGCUGUUUGAGAUGUAUAGGAACAACGCCGGCUUCUUCAAACAUGUGCAAGAAUCAAUUGAAUCAACUCUCAGUGAGAAUGAUUGGGAUAAAAGAGAAAACGGGGAGUUGUUUGAAAUGAAGGUGGCGUUGCAAUUGGGAAGAAGCUUAUCACAGCUGAGAGAUUUAGCCAAAAAAUCCAAUUAUUCUCGUGUAGAAGGAAGCCCCAUUGAUGAAUUCGCAAGCAAGCUGUUUUAGUUUAGGGAUUCAAGAUCACAAAAUGCGCAUAUGUACAAGGAUUAUUCUUUGAUUCUUUGAUCCGUUUCAUUAACCAUUGCUAAUAUUUUUGUACAAUUUUGUGAAGAUGAUACAGUUGAACUAUGAAAAUAUACAUACUUCAUGACCCAUGCAUAGAAAUCAAUGUGCGUCUUUCUUUAAAGUUGAUUAUCUGUUUGUUAUUUGUAUUCUACUUAAUUUUGUUUAAAAAGAGAAGGAAUUGUA